UUUUUAAUAUUACUUUUUUUUCGUAAAAAAAGAGUCCUUAACAUAAUAUUCAGCUUCCCCUUCACUGCCAGUGCCCAAACCCUAACCUAGCUCUGUCGCGGUAGCUGUCUUCCUUCCCAAACCCUGUUCCAAGCAUGGCGAACCAGGACUACGAAGAGCGCCAACAAACGCAGGAGCUCGGGUACGACCCGAACUUCGUCCCGGACUCUGUGAAAUCGUUCGUGGUUCACAUGUACCGUCACAUCCGCGAGAAGAACGUGUACGAGAUCCACCAGAUGUAUGAGAGUUCGUUCCAGACCCUGUCGGAGCGGCUCUUCAAGGACACGCCGUGGCCCUCCGUGGACGCCGUGGCGCAUUACGUGGAUAACGACCACGUUUUUUGCCUACUCUACCGCGAGAUGUGGUUCCGCCAUCUCUACGCGCGCCUCACGCCCACGCUCCGCCAGCGCAUCGACUCCUGGGACAACUACUGCAGCCUUUUCCAGGUGGUCCUCCAUGGCGUCGUAAACAUGCAACUCCCCAACCAGUGGCUGUGGGACAUGGUCGACGAGUUCGUCUACCAGUUCCAGAGCUUCUGCCAAUACCGUGCCAAGAUGAAGAACAAGACCGAACAGGAGAUCGCGCUCUUGCGCCAGUUCGACCAGGCCUGGAAUGUGUAUGGGGUUUUGAACUUCCUUCAGGCGCUGGUGGAGAAGAGUACCAUUAUUCAGAUUCUGGAGCAGGAGAAGGAGGGGCUCGAACAGUUUACUGCCACGGAUGGGUAUGAUUACAAUGGGGGGAGUAAUGUGUUGAAGGUGCUGGGGUAUUUUAGUAUGGUGGGGUUGCUUAGGGUUCAUUGCUUGCUGGGGGAUUAUCAUACUGGGAUCAAGUGUUUGCUUCCUAUUGAUAUUAGUCAGCAAGGGGUUUAUACCAGUGUUAUUGGGAGUCACAUCACCACCAUUUAUCACUAUGGUUUUGCCAAUCUCAUGCUCCGCAGAUAUGUGGAAGCAAUUCGAGAAUUUAACAAAAUUCUCUUGUACAUCUUCAAGACAAAACAGUAUCACCAGAAAUCACCCCAGUAUGAGCAGAUACUGAAGAAAAAUGAACAAAUGUAUGCCUUGCUGGCAAUUUGUCUUUCACUCUGUCCCCAAACUAGGCUUGUUGAUGAAACUGUGAACUCUCAGUUACGGGAGAAGUAUGGUGAGAAGAUGUCUAGAAUGCAGCGAUAUGACGAUGAGGCAUUUGCUAUCUAUGAUGAGCUCUUCUCAUAUGCAUGCCCUAAGUUCAUUACCCCUUCAGCUCCUAGUUUUGAGGAGCCUCUUAUAAAUUAUAAUCAGGAUGCCUAUAGACUUCAAUUAAAACUGUUCCUUUAUGAAGCAAAGCAGCAACAGUUGUUAUCAGGUGUUCGGACCUUCUUGAAAGUGUAUUCAACAAUCUCCCUUGCAAAACUUGCGAGUUAUAUGGAAGUGGAUGAACCCACCUUAAGGACUAUCUUGAUGACAUACAAGCACAAGACACAUGCUGUUGAUAGUGAUGGGAAAAUUACAUCCAAUGCCGAUGUAGAUUUCUAUAUUGAUGAGGACACAAUUCAUGUUGUGGAGUCCAAGCCUGGGAAACGUUAUGGUGAUUACUUUUUGCGUCAGAUUGUCAAGCUUGAAGGGGUGAUCAAUGAGAUGGACGGUAUAAAGCUGGAUUGAGUUGCUGUCUUUAAGAUUCUUGAAGAAUUUCGUAGUAUCCGUGGUCGAGGUUUUCCCUGAGGAGUCUGUGUGUUGUUUUGAGGCGGAGGGUGUAGUUAGCUUUCUACAUGUAAUUCUAAAAUUUUCUUUCAUCAACUUUAUUUUAUUUAACUAAGUAACUUAACCAUUUAUUGUUUCAAAGGAGGGCUUAAAGAAGUUAAUAGUUCUUCA